CCGGAAUAAGCUUCCCUCCACCGACCUGACGCUCGCAGGUAACUCCCCCUGCCCGCCCCUCCCCGGCCCUCGCCGCUUCCUGGGAGGCGAACCUUCGGCGGCGGCGGGCGCGUUGCGGCAAGCGCGGCUGCGCGCGGCUCAGGACGCUCCUGGCGAUACCUCUUGCAAAUGGACAUUUGAAAGUGCCACUGUCAAAUUCUUGCAAGAAUGGAGACCUCAUCAAUGCUUUCCUCAUUGAAUGAGGAGUGUAAAUCUGACAACUACAUUGAGCCUCACUAUAAGGAAUGGUAUCGAGUGGCAGUUGAUACCCUGAUUGAACAUGGACUAGAAGCAUACCGAGAAUUUCUGGCCAAGGAACGUGUUGCAGACUUCCUAGCUGAGGAAGAAAUUAAUUAUAUUUUGAAAAAUGUUCAGAAGGUUGCACAAAGUACAGCGCAUGGUACUGAUAACUCCUAUGAUGAUACCUCGUCUUCAGGGACUUAUUGGCCCAUUGAGUCUGAUGUGGAAGCUCCAAAUCUUGAUUUAGGCUGGCCAUAUGUUAUGCCUGGACUCUUAGGGGGCACCCAUAUAGAUCUUCUCUUUCAUCCACCAAGAGCACACCUACUUACAAUAAAGGAAACUAUUCGGAAGAUGAUAAAAGAAGCAAGAAAGGUCAUUGCAUUAGUGAUGGAUAUGUUUACAGAUGUGGACAUUUUCAAAGAAAUAGUGGAGGCAUCAACCCGGGGGAUAUCUGUAUACAUUUUACUUGACGAGUCCAAUUUUAAUCAUUUUCUAAAUAUGACUGAAAAGCAGGGUUGUCAGAUUCAACGUCUCAGGAAUAUUCGAGUGCGGACCGUAAAAGGCCAAGAUUAUCUUUCAAAAACGGGGGCAAAAUUCCAUGGAAAAAUGGAACAGAAAUUUUUGUUAGUUGACUGCCAGAAAGUGAUGUAUGGGUCUUACAGCUACAUGUGGUCAUUUGAAAAAGCACACCUCAGCAUGGUUCAGCUAAUCACAGGACAACUUGUUGAGUCCUUUGAUGAAGAAUUUAGAACCCUCUAUGCCAGAUCCUGCAUCCCCAGUCCAUUUGCUCAGGAGGAGUCAGCAAGGGUGAAGCAUGGCAAAGCACUCUGGGAGAAUGGCACUUACCAGCGAUCAGUUUCUUCACUAGCUUCUGUUUCCAGCCAAAGAAACCUCUUUGGUAGACAAGACAAAAUUCAUAAACUAGAUUCUAGUUACUUCAAAAACAGAGGGAUAUAUACCCUAAAUGAGCAUGACAAAUACAGCGUAAGAAAUCAUGGAUACAAACCUCAUUUUAUUCCAAACUUUAAUGGUCCAAAUACCAUCCGACAGUUUCAACCCAGUCAAAUAAAUGAAAAUUGGAAAAGACAUAGUUAUGCUGGGGAACAGCCAGAAACAACCCCAUACCUGCUGCUUAAUAGGGCUCUGAAUCGAAACAAUAAUCCUCCUGGGAAUUGGAAGAGGCCUUCAGAUAGUCUCAGUGUGGCAUCCUCCUCACGGGGAGGCUAUACAGGCCACCAGAACACACCUGCCCAGAGUUUUGCUGAUCGACUUGCCCAGAGGAAGACAACAAAUCUUGCAGAAAGGAAUUCAAAUGUGCGAAGGUCUUUCAAUGGAACAGACAAUCACAUUCGCUUUUUACAACAACGAAUGCCAACCCUGGAGCACACCACCAAAUCGUUCCUACGCAACUGGAGAAUUGAAUCCUACUUAAAUGACAAUUCAGAAGCCACACCUGAUUCAAAUGGCUCGGCUUUAGGUGACCGAUUUGAGGGCUAUGAUAGCCCUGAGAAUUUGAAAGCCAAUGCCCUUUAUACCCACUCUCGGCUUCGCUCCUCUUUUGUAUUUAAACCAACUCUACCUGAGCAACAAGAAGUUAACAGUUGUACAACCAGCUCCUCAAAUUCAACUAUCAUUGAUUCCCAGGGAAGUGACACACCUAAAGAGAUCCCAGAUACCUCUACAAGUGUACAGCAUUUGACAGAAAAACCUUUGCCUGAAUCGAUCCCCAAGCUCCCGACACAGACAGAGGCACCAAAAGUGCACACCUUGCAGCUUCCUGAAAACCAGUCGCCAGUCUUCAAUCAGACUACAAAUGCCCACACAGAAUCAAACAACUAUAUAUAUACAACGUUGUGUGUAAAUAAGCAGACAGAAAAUCUAAAGAAUCAACAAAAAGAGAAUCUUCUUAAAAGGCGCAGUUUCCCAUUCUUUGACCACUCAAAACCCAAUUUAGAUCAUGGAAAUAGUAAGCAUUACGUAUAUAGUACACUUACCAGGAAUCGAGUAAGACAACCAGAAAAACCGAAAGAGGAUUUGCUGAAAAGUUCUAAGAGCAUGCACAAUGUGACCCAUAACUUGGAGGAGGGGGAGGAGGAAGCCUCUAUCAAGAGAGAUGCUCCAGGUGGCACCACAACCAAAUCGAUUUCCAUGGCUGCUUUACUUGAUGUGAAUAAAGAGGAACCCAACAAAGAACUCACAUCAAAGAAGGAGGUAAAGGGUUCCCCAAGUUUUUUGAAAAAGGGAUCUCAGAAGUUAAGGUCAUUACUUAGCCUUACCCCAGAAAAGAAAGAAAAUCUAUCCAAAAAUAAAGCACCUGCAUUUUAUAGAAUGUGCAGUAGCUCUGACACAUUAGUAUCUGAGGGUGAGGAGAAUCAAAAACCAAAGAAAUCAGAACCAAAAGUUGAUUCAUCUCCUAGAAGAAAGCGUUCUUCCUCAUCAAAUUCUCAAGGGAGCAUUCACAAGAGUAAGGAAGAUUUAACAGUUAGCUCAUCUCAGAGGAUGCAUUCUCCAUCAGAUGAAAGUGAUAAAGUAAUACCUUCCUCAAGUCCUGUUGAAAGAAAGUUCUUGGAGAGGGCAGGAGAUGCCUCUGCCCCAAGAUUUAACACUGAACAGAUCCAAUACCGAGAUCCAAAGGAGAUGAGUGCACCUGUUGCUCCUGAAAGAAGAGCAACCUCUUCUCCAAGGCCAAAGCCCAGUGAGCUUCUACGAACUCAUUCAACAGACCGGCGUGUUUACAGUCGAUUUGAGCCAUUUUGUAAGAUCGAGAGCUCUAUGCAGCCAACAAGCAGCAUUCCAAAUACCAGUGUAAAUCGCCCAGAAAUAAAACCCACAGUGAUGGGCAACAGUUAUGGCAGGUCCAGCCCAAUGCUUAAUUACAACACUGGUGUUUACCACUCCUAUCAACCAAAUGAAAACAAGUUUCGAGGAUUUAUGCAAAAGUUUGGAAACUUCAUCAACAAAAAUAAAUGAAAUAAUGUAAUUUCAAAUAGCUAUUGAAAUAAAAGUGAAUGUAACUAUAUAUACUUAUCCAAAGAACACCGUGGACAAUUGUUAUAGCAUGUUAUAACAGGUUUCUGUAAUGGAAGACCGGUGGGUGUGACUUCAUGUUCACCAGUGUAGUAGUGUACAGCAGUUAUUCUGUAUGAUAAAAUUAGUUGUGCUUAAUUACCCUAUGGAUGGACUUCUUCUGUAAAAACAUGAUUUUAAAAUUGUAAUGGUAGAAAACAAAUGUAAACUAAAUUGUUUUUUUCAGACUGAAAAUCUUAAGUGUUUAAAUUAGAAACUUGAGUGAAGAGAUGAUACAUAGAUUUGACCAUUCAUUCUAAAGUCUGUGUUUUUGAAAAAGGAGCAUACUACAAAAAGUGAUGCUUUAUGUCUUUAUGAUGUUUUCAUAUGUUCAAAAAUACAAGAAAAUGUGAUAAAGCCUUUUUCAUUUUUAAUUGUUUAAAUUUACAAGAAAACUUGUUAUGUUUUAUUAAUGUUUUAUUAACUUUACUGUGGAGCAUUGUACAAUGGUUUGGGCAAGAAGACUAGCAUUUAAACUGUAUAGUUCACACUUUUAUUCUGCCUAAGUGUUUGCAAAGUUUCAGACUCAUGUGUACAACUAUACUCAUAGGAUCCUAUUUCCUAAUCUUUUAAAAACAAUCUUGAAUGUACUUCUUUCCAGUUUGGACCCAGGGAGCCUGCAUCCCACCUCCCUCACCCCCAACCCCCAAUUAAUUAUCCAUCUUUUAUCACCAUGGCUUAUUCAAAUUUACAGCAAGCCAGUAACCUAGACUAUUUCUCCUACUUUUUAUAAUGUAUAUAGACUUCAGAAAUAUCAUCUCUUGCCUAAAUUUUUAUGUUAAAUUAACAUAACAGAACUGAGAUGUUUUGCUUGAAAAAUUAUUUGCUUUUUGAAAAAUGUGAGCCAAAUAUUAUAUGAUGGUAUAGUGCUUUCACGAGGGUACUAUGCCAAAAGUGAGAACAAGGCCUAGUUUUUCCAUUACUAUAGGACCUGGUUGGUUUUAAGUCUUUCUAUAUCUCGAUUUGAUGAUGAUAUUCAGAUCAUAUGAUACCGUUUACCUAUCCUUAAAUUAAUGAAAUAAAAGCUCCAUAUUCCUUGCAAACACUUACCUUGGCUUUGCUUUAUGCACAAGUAUAGAAUUUGAGAAGCAGUGGAUCAUGCCAGAAAUGCGAAGUGCUUUUCUAACACUUUAAAUGUAUUAACAUCUUCUAAGUCAUUAUGAGGGACAGUACAUUGUUUUAAAAAAAAUCCAUGGUUCAGUCAACUAUUAAUUUCUAUAUCAUUAAAAUAAUGACAGUAUUUAAACACAUGAAAAGAAACAUGACAGAAUAAAAUGUGACAGGAGGGAAAAUAAAAGCUAACAUUUAUUUAGAACUUACCUAUAGACCAGGUAAUGAGCUAGAAACUUGAGUUGACAGCAAUGUUUUGUGGGCAACAUUAUCCUUGAUAUUAUAUUCAUAGAUGAUUGAUAAGAUAAUUGAGACUCAGGGAGAGAAUGUCCCAAGCCACAUAACUAAUAAGUAAUGACUCUGAACUGUCUGUAACAUUCUGCCACAAUCACUACCUCCCAGUCAGUUUGGUACCUGCCCUGCCCAAUGUGGUAGGAUUAAAAAAAAGUUAUUUCCUGACUCAACAGUGAUCAACCAGGAAAGGUUAAGUUGAUUUUCACCAGGUAACACAGACGGACAAGCCUUAAAUUGAUCACAAUAGGUGAGGUUGAGGGAUUAAAAUGAUAUUAAGUUCCAAAGAUAAUCUAGCAGGGUUAGUUUUAAUUGCUAAGAAGCUAUUGUCUUCUCCUGCCACCAAAAGACCUAUGACAGUGAGGACACAGCAAAGGGAGCUAGACUUGAGUUGUGACCUGUAGGCUAGGGGCUGAAGAGGGGUGCAUUCAGUCAGGAAGCUUAAAGUGGAAUACACUGUCUCAUUAAAUAUUUACAAUGACCCUGUGAAGUAAGAAUCUCCUUUUACAGAAGACAAAACUGAGCUCUGGAGCGGUUACAUGACCUUUCAAGAGUCACAUAGCACUGAAUUGGCAGAACUGGGGUUUGAGCACAAAGCCUGUAUUUUUCAUCCUAUGCUGGCUGCUCCCCCGCUGUUCUUGAAAAACUGUCUUUUGCUCUUUCUCCUUUUACCAAUCAUAGAAAUAUACCAGUAACUGUACAAAAAUAGCAUUUUAUAAAUACAAAUCCAGAAUGUAUACUUAGUAUUUUUAUCAUCCACAAAAGAAGGGUUUAAAGCCCCCGUUAUAACAAAGGAAACUCCCAAGUACUGCAACAUGACUUUUUAUUGUUUUGGGAAAAUGAGAAUCAUCAACUCGAAAUAUUCACACUCCCUAAUAAAUGAAUAGCAUAAACAUAAAACUUGAGUUUUCAUUUAUUACAAGAAAGGCACCCAAUUUUAUUUGCAGAAAGUCCAAUUACAAAAUAACCUUUGGAAUAUGUAUUUCAAACAAAGGAUUCAAUGACAAUGAGAAAUAUUAAUUAUUUUGUUGGUUAAUUUUCAUAGUUACCUAGAGAUUUUAUGACCUUCAUGGGUUACUGUCAGGUUACCAAAAAAGCAUUAGAAUUGGAGCUCAGUGGGUGGAAGAGAUUAUUCAUUCUGUUCUUAGCAAAAUUCACUCUGAUAAUUCUGGACCAUAGUUCUUUACCCACAUUCCAAAGUCCAGAACUCACAGUUCACCAAACUAGAUGGACUUCAAUUUAUCUUCUGUUCUUUGUUGGUACUUGACUGGGCAUCUAUCAGAGAUAAGAGGAUAAUGAGCUAAUUGGCAUUAGGCAACUCUGAAAUAAAAAGCCCUGAAGUUUACUGCAGUGUGACUUUGGAGCUGAAAUGAUAUAGAGACCAAAACUUCCUGUUUUAAGCAACAGUUGUUGCCGUUUUGUACAGCAACUUACAUAAUUUCUGGAAACAUAGAUAGCUUUUAGGCACAUUCUUUUAAAUAGUUACUGAGCUUUUCAUCUUAGUGGAAUUGGGGAGUUUAGGAUGUUUUAUUCCAUCCACACUUGACAGGUAAUUUAGGCUUUUACACAACAGAUUUAUUCUCCUUUGCCUUUUUUCUUUGAUUGUUUUCCUUCUAUUUUUCCCUCCAGAAAUACCUGUAUGUCAGAAUCUGUACAUAAAAACCUUCCAAAGUUUCUGAGCUGAUAAAUUCCCCAGGGUUAAGACAGAGCAAACACAUAAUACUUCAGAAAAAUUAAUCAGUGUUUUAGUUUUAUACAGACACUAGCCAAAUUUAUGGAUGUAAUAAUUUCAAGCAAUAUAUUUUCUCCUUUCUUCCCCAUAUGAUUAUUAUUGGAAAGAUAAUGUCAUUUAGAUGUACUUUGAUAUUAAAGUUUGAUAAGGCAAUUUUGACACCAAUAGUAUAAGCAGAAACUCAAGAAAAAUGGGUAUAAAUUCUUGAUAGUUGACUUCAAAAUAGUGUGAAUACACUUGCAUCCUGAACACUUAUGUACUUCUAUUAUAAUGGAGAUGCUACAGUUGUGACAUGGUGUCUUGAGAUAUGGGUUCAUGUUGUAGGUCUACACUUGUAGAAGCCAGUAUCUUUUUUAGCCAAGAUGACAUCUAGUGCAAUCUAGGUAAACAACAAAAGAGAUUGAAUUUAACUUUACUCAAUACCUAUCCUUAUAUAACUACUAUUCCACAGAUAUUUGGUUUAGUAAAUAUCUGUUGAUUCUUAAUAUGCAUAUAACUAAGGGAUAUAAAGUAGAAUUAUUAUUUUAUGUUAAUAUAUCUGUGACUUAUUUGUGAUGUUUAAAAAAUUAUAAUGUUCAGUUUGGUUCUUCAAUUCUUAAAACCAAAAAAGAGGACACAAUAAAACAAAGAGCUUGUUAUCUUUUUAU